AUGAAUGCAGAUACUCUUUAAUCUUCUAUCUCCAACUCUUAUAUUGAUUAGAAAGCAAACAUCUCAACUAAAAAAGCUAGAUUUAAAGUUCCUCAUUUACCUCUUUCUUCACGAAACGAUAGUAAGCGAGAGGAAAUUUAGCUAAUAAAGAAGCUAUAUUAUAAUCCAUUCAAUGAAUUAAUAUGCUACAAAGAAUUUAAAUAGCAUGAAAAAAAUUUAAAGUAGAUUUAGCAAUAAAUUGUCAUCAAUGAAAAAUAAAAUAUAUUUACAAAACGAACUAAUUCCGCAAAUGAAAUACUACCCAAGUCCUUGAUAUUUCAGAAUUAUUUAGAAGAAAUUUCACCAUAAGAAAAUUGCUAGAAUAUUUAAUAAAUUGUUUUUACUGAACGGAUGAAUAGGCAAAGUUCUCUUCAAGGAAAUUAAGCUUUAAAUAAUGAAAAAAGCUAUAAAUAAUACCUAGAGAGUAGGAAAUCAUCGUUGCUCAUUGAAGAUUUUAAGUAAUUAUAUGAUUAAAAGCAAGAAUCUUAGAAUAAUUUUGUAAUACCUCCAACCCAACCAGUCAAUAAUGGAGAAAUUUUUUAAAAAAUGGCAAAUUAAAAUAAAUAAAUUGAAAUCAAAAGAAAUUAAGUUAAUUAUGCUAUUGACAAUUUUAUAGGAAACAAAUAAUUUUAAAAAAACGAUUUAUAAAAUACCCAGAAAACGUAGAAACAGUAACGUGUUUAAAAACCUAAGGCUUUAAGUCUGACUGAAGAUUUAUGUAGAAAACAAGAAUAAAAAUAAGAAGAGGAAAUAGAAUAAAUAAAGAAAAGAGCCACUUAAGAAACACUAGCUUACAAAGAAAUAAAAUAAAUAAACAAACUUCUUAAAAAGUAAAGAUGUUAAACAACAAGAUUCUUAAAUAGAACAAAAAAGAAAAAAGAAUAAAUAGAAUUAGAUUUAAAAUAAGAUGUAGAAGUUGAACUUGACACAAAAACUAAUCAAGAAAAGUAAAUAAUUAAAUAUAUUAUUAGAGAAUAGCUCAAUCCUUAACGGCCAUAAGAAGAAAUUUAGAAAAUGUUUGAAGAAACUCUCCGUUCUAAUCAAAUUAAAAACUUCUUAGAUAAAUUAAAGAUAGAAAAAGCAUCUUUUGUUGCUAAUAAAAUUAUCUCAAAAAUCAAAACAUUUUCUGGAAAUAACAUUUUAAGAAAUAAGUACUUUUCUGAUUUAGAAAAAGAUCCUAAGAGUCUAGCUAAGCCUCUUUCUGUGCUUGUAGAUUAUGAUAAUUCGGCAAAUGCUGAUUUAAAAUUAAAAAAUUAAACCAAAAUGCUAAGCCUCAAAGACGAUCUUAAAAUAGACUUUUUUAAAUAAAUUGAUACUCAAAAUAUAAAAAGAAAAAAGAUAGAAAAUAUUUAUGACUUCCGCUCAAAGGCAUUAACUAUGACUAUGAGUAAGCAGAUAACAACUCCAGAAAAUAAGACUCCUUCUUAAUAAAAGAAUUCAAUUUUUUAAGAAGAUGGCAAUUUAAAUUUUCAUAAAAUACGAUCAAUCCAAUUUUAGCAGGAUUCUCCUCUCGCUAAUAGCGAAGAAUAAGUUUAAGAUGAUCACUAAAAAGCAGUGUUAAACGAGUAGAUUUAAAGUAUUCUUAACAAAAAAUAAGAUUAGUAUUUAAAUGAUUAAACUCCUGUAAAAAAAAUUAUGGUAAAGACAAAUACAAAACGAAAGUCUCUGCUUAAUGGAGGAAUAGAGUAUGAAUACAUUAACGAAUUAGGCUUUAAAAUUAGAGUUUAGCAGCCACCAAAAAAAAAAGAAUACAAAGAAGUUGAAAUCCAAAAAUUCCAGAAAAAAGAGGAUAUCUUCUUCAAAAAGUUUGUUGAUAAAGCUAAUAAGAUUGCUAAUGAAGUAGAAGUAAGAAAUCGGAUAUCAGAUAACACUCAUAAAAAAUAAAUGAAGAGCUAUCACAAAUGA